CUUUACCUCGCUAACAAAAACUAAAUCAACAUCAACACCGGUGGGAAACAAAGACUGGGAAUAAAUGUUGUAAGAUCAUUAGUUGUUCUUCUGUAUUCGAGCCGACAUGUUGUUUUUAACGCUGGCCGGCUUAUUCGCUGUGGCGUUAUGUGACGAGAAAGAUGGCGGCAAAGCUCCUAGGAUCCCCCUGGACGAUGGAAACUCCAUGCCUGCUAUGGGGCUUGGCACCUUUCUAGGUUUUGACGAGAACGGACAGAAGGAAGCAAAAAGCAUGGAGGUGGAAAAUGCUGUGUCAUGGGCACUUGACGCCGGGUACAGGAUGAUAGACACAGCAUCGGCCUACAACAACGAAGUGCAAGUCGGGAGAGGUGUACAGAACUCCACAGUUCCUAGGGAGCACGUUUUUCUAGUUACAAAGUUGGGCGCCAACGAGAAGAGAGACGUUUUGGGAGCCCUAAGGAAGUCUCUGGGACGCCUCAACAUGAGCUAUGUCGAUCUGUACUUGAUCCACAAUCCAGUAUCUUUCACUCCGGAUCACACACAAUAUGAAGUCAUAGACUACCUAGACACGUGGAAACAAAUGGAGCAGACCAAGAAACUUGGACUAGCCAAGUCCAUUGGCAUAUCCAACUUCAACAUCAGCCAAAUGGACAGAUUGCUGGCAAACUGUGAGAUCAAACCAUCAGUGCUUCAAGUAGAGGUGAACCUCAACCUGGCCCAAAACGACAUCCUUCAGUACUGCAAACGCCAUAACAUAGCUGUGAUGGCUUACACACCAUUCGGAAAUCUCUUUAGCACUGACAAAGCACCACCUCCACCGCGCGCUAGUGACCCUACUCUCAAAUCCAUGGCCACUAAAUACAAGAAGAGCGUUGCACAAAUCGUCCUUAGGUACUUGGUGCAAACCGGAGUAGCGCCCAUCCCGAAGUCAGUCAACAAGCCAAGGAUUGAGCAAAACAUUGAUAUCUUCGACUUUAGUUUGACACCAGAAGAAGUACAAAUUCUGAGUGGCUUCAACAAGAACUACCGCACAGUAUGGCCGAGCUUCUGGCAGGAUCACCCCUACUACCCCUUCGAACACAAGGCUGUUCCCGACCCUGACCUUUUCCACCCUAAGACAGAAUAAGAAAAACCCUAAGAGAGAGUAGUGGUCCACCUCUAAAGGCCAACACACUUACCAAGUAAUCUAACUCUAUGUUGAAAGUAUAGCCAAGUUUCUGGCAGGAUCGUGUACUACCACGUCGAACAGAAGGCUGUUCCCGACCCUGACCUAUUCCACCCUAAGACAGAAUAAGGAAAACUCUAAGAAAGAGUAAUAGUGGUCCACCUCUAAAGGCCAACACACUUACCAACCAAUCUAGCUCUAUGUUAAAAGUAUAGCCAAGUUUCUGGCAGGAUCACCUACUACCCCUUCGAACAGAAGGCUCCGAACCUGACCUAUUCCACCUUAAGGCAGAAUAAGAAAAACUCUAAGAAAGAUUAAUGGUCCACCUCUAAAGGCCAACACACUUACCAAGUAAUCUAACUCUAUGUUGAAAGUAUAGCCAAGUUUCUGGCAGGAUCGUGUACUACCACUUCGAACAGAAGGCUGUUCCCGACCCUGACCUAUUCCACCCUAAGACAGAAUAAGAAAAACUCUAAGAGAGAGUAAUAGUGGUCCACCUCUAAAGGCCAACACACUUACCAACCAAUCUAGCUCUAUGUUAAAAGUAUAGCCAAGUUUCUGGCAGGAUCACCUACUACCCCUUCGAACAGAAGGCUGUUCCCGACCCUGACCUAUUCCACCUUAAGAUAUAAUAAAAUAACUAUAGGAAAAAGUAGUGGGCCACCUCUAAAUGCCAAAACACAAUUAACAACCAUUCUACACAGAAUGAACAUAACAGAAUAAGAAAGACUACAAAAGAGAAUAGUGGACCACCUUUAAAUGCCAACACACAAUUACCAACUAAUAUAACUCUAUGUUGAAAGUAUAGCCAAGUUUCUGCCAGGAUCACCUACUAUCCCUUCGAACAGAAGGCUGUUCCUGAUCCUGACCUAUUCCACCUUAAGACAGAAUAAAAAAACUAUAGAAGAAAGUAGUGGGCCACCUCUAAAGGCCAACAUACUUACCAACCAAUCUAGCUCUAUGUUGAAGGUAUAGCCAAGUUUCUGGCAGGAUCAUCUACUACCACUUCGAACAGAAGGCUGUUCCCUAAGACAGAAUAAGAAAGACUAUAAGGGAAAAUAGUAGGCUAAAUGCCAACCGACUCACAUGGACAGUUUGGUAACUCAUGUUAAGAGAUU